AAAAGAAAAUGGCGUUAUCAAAUCCAUCGAUUGGAUCAAUUCUUUGAUGAAGAGCGUGAAAAUUCAGUAUUAAACAAACAAAAUCAUCGAUCUCUUAUUUUUAUCACGGGAGAAAAAAAGACCGUGAAGAAUUGCGAAGAAUUUUUCGAAGAAAUGGGUCCCGAACGACAAGUAACGUAAUAUCUCUUUUUGAAGUGUUAUUGUCUGGAAAACAAAUCCAACAGGAUAUUGAAAUCCUUCAGCAAAAAAGCCCAGUAUGCGAAUCAAUUUUCAUAAAAAAUGACAGAAACUACAUCGGAAGAAGCCAGCAGUUCGGAGAAUAAUUUGACCAGUUCCGAAAGGCCGAUUCCACACCUGAGGCUGCCAAACGAACCUGCGGAUUCUCAUGCUCCUUCAAUUCCACCUCCAGUUGUAAAUUUAAGUAAUUUGAACAUUGGGGCCCGAACUAUGGAACGAUCAAGAAUCCUUGUCAACAAUAUUUCCACCACAAUCGAGGAAAUUCAACCCUUCAUCGAACAGGCUCGAUUGCGACCAGGAAUAUCCCUAACAUCCUGGCUGAACCUCCAAAGACAAAGUCCCGAGGAGAGGACGCCAGCGAGUCAAAAUCAGCCUCGGGACUCGUACGUAAUUGACCUGGAGACACCCCUCGAGUCAGAGGCAGCAACUCCUCAAAAUUCGCCAACCGAUCCCAAUCAUCAUUAUCACAACACAACCUCAACCGACAACUACCUGAACAACAUCCGAGAGGCUGCAAAUGCCGAGAAUCAAAAUAAUAACAAUGACCCGCAGGAUAAUUUGCCAGGUGUUCGUGCCGCGAUGAAUCCCGAGGCCAGAAAGAUGCUGAAAAUCCUCCAGAAAUACGUUCCAUUCCUUUUGAUUCUCCUCGUGAAAAGCAUUUACGACUAUCGAGCUGGAAUCGUUCACUUUAUCGUUCUGCUCGUGACGACUAUUCAAGCUGACACGGAUUUAAAGCGGGAGAUUGCGAAACAGCAGAACAGAAAUCAUAUGGCCCUGCUGGGAAUAAUACUCUACAUAACGGGCUGCAUCGUUUUCGUUGAUUUUGUCUUCGGCCAGCCAAUGUUGUUGCGUUUCUCGACACCGACAAGUGCCUGGGAGUUGCUCUGGUCGGUUGCCAUCACCGAUUUUAUGCUCAAACUUAUCACCAUUGUCCUCAAAGUCAUCCUCACUUGCUUGCCAGCGAAAAUUAUUGCACUGCAGACUCGGGGUAAAUAUUACCUGAUGGUGGAAGCAACAUCUCAGCUUUACCGUUGUUGUGCCCCAAUUCAACCCUGGCUCUACUACUUAUUCGAGGCGUAUCAUGGACCAGAAAAGAUUUUCGGAAUUUGUCUCUCAGCCGUCUACACGAUCAGUAAAGCCACCGAUUUGCUAUCUCGAGGAAAGCUCUUUAAACACGCUGUCCAUAAACUAAUGCAACAAGUCAGUGUUGGCUCUUACGCUUCGAAGGAUCAGUUGGUCGAAUCUGGUGGAAUAUGCGCUAUUUGCCACGACGAAUACUCAACACCAGUUAGACUUCACUGCACACAUAUUUUCUGCGAACUAUGCGUGAUUACCUGGCUGGACCGGGAGCGUUCCUGUCCUUUAUGUCGCGCCCCCGUCACUGACAAUCCCAUUUAUCGUGACGGUCACACCACCCACUUUAUUCAAAUCUUCUAACUUUAACCCCCCCCCCCCCCCAAACUGAUUCGUCAUUCGUCACAAAGUUUUCAGUUUUUUUUCUUUUCUUUUUUUUUACCAACCUCCUUUCAGUAUUCAUGCAACCAAAAUGUGUAUACAAUUAUUCCCCCUUUUUAAUUGUAUUUUCAAUCUGCAACUUGAACGCUGAUGUGUAAUAUAACUGUACAUAAUAUUAAGUACAUAUUAUUAAGAGAUUAAGUGAAGAUUUUAGAGAGUAAGAUAGCAAGACGAGUGCCAAAUAGUGUUUUUUUUUAAGGUUCAUCAUUCUCCUACUUGAUGGUAAAAUUGUGAAAUUCUAAAGUAAAAUUGUGUUCUCACU